UGGUAUGCGUUGAUGUGUUGUGUGAUGUAUACCGAGCGAGUCAGCCACAGAGCGCCAGCGAUGUGGUCGUAGUCGUGCUGUCGGUCGUGAGCUAGUUGGGUUGCUUCGUCUCGGGGAAAGGUAACGAAAACGGACCCAUCGGAGAAAUAGCGAAGGUAAAGAGAAGGCAAUAAUAAAACGAUACUCAUCGGUGAAGUGGAUGUGAGUAGUAAAAGGAGGAGGAGGAGGAGGCGGAGGUAACCGUCUAGUGAGAAGUGUAGUGAAAAGAAAACGUAGUAAAUACGGUAAGAAGAGGAGACAAAACAACGAUCAGAUGAUUUCUUUCGCAUUACGUUGCUGCAAAUGAUAAUAAUCAUGCGCUCGAAAAUCAUCUUGCUCCGUUGGUGAUGAUUGUGGUGAAGGUGACGAUGAUGAUGAUGUUGAUAAUGAGGGAGGGAUGAGAAGAGUGGAUCAGUGAAGUGAAAGAGAAAAAACAAAAGUCGGGAUUAAGUCAAAACAACGAGAUAUCGAUUCGCUCGGUCGAAUCUGGCUCAGCUGCUUCUGCACACUGGUUGAUGGUUGGUGGCAUGAAGUGAAGUGAGAAGUGCUGUGCCGAGGGAAAUAAAACAAGCGCCCCGAUCGUGACCGUCUGUAGCCCGGGGUGAAGAAAUUGCUGGUCAAACUGGCGACGGUGUGUACCGGCUCGUACCGGAGUUUUUGGAGGUGGCAGGGCUGCUACUCUAUCGCCAUAACCAGCCGAACUGGAGCAGCGGCUGGAAACGGAGGAGGGCGAACCGAAGGCACUGUUACUCGUUGAGGAUUGAUCCCAUAACGCGUGCACACGAAGAAAGAAAGAAAUUCAGGCCACCUAUGGAUCCAAUAUUCUUCUCUCCGCCUAAUGGAGUCCCGUCGGAAAGCAAAUUGGCAACCUAUAUGAGUCGUCAGAACGUUUCAACGCCAACGUAUGGGUUGUCAUCGGGCCUCAGUAAAUUGAACUUAGACUCUCCUAUAUCGAUUAAAAAAAAUCAGGUGACACCACAGUCGCCAGAAUUCAUUCCAACCAAUCGUCUAAACACCUCAUCAUCACCAAACUUCUACUCAUCGUACUCGAUACUCGGAAGCAACGGCACCACAGGAACCGGCGGGAUCGCUGGUAUUGGCAGCAGCAGUGUGAUAGCGUCCAGCAAUGGCACGACGGUGGUCGUCGCGGGGACCGGAUCAGCGUCCGUUGUCCAGUCCCAGACAGCACAGCUUUCAUCGGUGGCGACGACGAUCGUUCCGACCGGUGUUGGAGGAGGCGGGGGAGGAGGAGGAGGUGGUGGGGCGGGCAGUUCCGGUGCAAAGUCACAAGCAAGCAGCUACGGUAGCAGCAUCCUCGGAAGCUCGCUUAGCAAUAGUUCAACCUAUGCCGUCACUCCUAUUAAGGGGCGAAGUUUACUCCGUAAUGAAUCACCACAAAGUACUAAUACAUCUCCUCGAAUUACGCCUCAACCAUCACCACCGCCAAUCGCCACCAACAUUCAUCAAGAAAAUGUCGGUGGUACGACGUAUUUCUAUCCGACCGCAGCAAACCAUCAAUUAACACCGAGUAGUACAGUUAACACGACUGAAAACACAUUUGUCCAUGUAACAAGCUCACAAAUUAAUCUAAGUUAUUCGCAUCCAGGACAUGUCUACCCGGGACCUGCGUCGCAUGUUGCUAACAUGCAACCGAAGGCACAAGUAUCGAUGGCGUACUUCUUGCAGGACGAACUGAGAAACGAUAUUUUAACUAGGAACGAAACAGUGAAUAGUAUUGAAACCGAGUGUCAAGAUUUACCUCUAGAAGUGGAAAACUACCAUUCGCUAUGUCUGUUGGAAUCUAUGCCAGUCCAUCCCAAGCUACCACUACCGUCAUCCACCUACAAAGCAACCAACCAUUUAACUGGCGUAAAGUACUGCCUUCGACGUCUUCAUGGUUUCCGUCUCCAGUCGACCAAAUGCAUGCAGUUUGUCGACAUGUGGAAAAAACUACAGCACACCAAUGUAGUACAAAUGCGAGAAGUAUUCACAACCAAAACCUUCGGGGAUAAUUCUCUGGUGAUAGUGUACGAUUAUCACCCCGGUUCCCAGACGUUACUAUCGAAAUACUUCAUCCCCAGCGCAGAAUCAACGAACGGAUACACCGAUCCCUUCUCCGGCGAAGCACGACCCUUCAGUCACAAAAGCUCCCUGCACCGAACGGCUGGCAACGUGUUGCUGCCGGAGAACGAAAUCUGGUCAAUUAUCAUCCAGCUAACUGCCGGACUUCGAGCGAUCCACCAGGCUGGCCUGGCCUGUCGAACACUGGACCCGACCAAAAUCAUUAUUACCGGCAAGCGGAUACGAUUCAGCUGUGUAGCGAUAUCCGACAUCGCCACAUAUGACCCCAAUCAACCGAAUCCCCUGUCCGUCGUCAGUCAUCAUCAACAGGAUGAUCUAACGGCACUAGGAAAAUUGAUACUAGCUCUCGCCUGUCGAAGUUUGCAAUCCGUGCAAAGGGACCAGAUUCAGAACAGUAUUGAGCUAAUAUCACGGCACUAUUCAUCGGAUUUACGAAAUAUUAUACUAUAUCUACUCUCGUCGAGCAACCGACGCUCAGUGACGGAGAUAAUGCCGAUGAUCGGUGCCCGCUUCUAUGUACAACUUGAUGCAUUACAAGCUCAAUGUGAUAUCCAGGAGGACGAACUGGCGAAGGAGAUGGAGAACGGCCGGCUUUACCGGCUGCUUAUCAAACUCGGUACCGUCAACGAACGACCUGAACUUAAUCUCGACGUCACGUGGUCGGAAACGGGCGACCGUUACAUGCUGAAACUGUUUCGUGACUACCUCUUCCACACUGUAGCGGAAGACGGCCGUCCGUGGCUGAACCAGUCCCACAUCGUGCAGUGUCUCAACAAGCUGGACGCGGGCACCAUGGAGAAGGUCCAGCUGAUGUCACGUGACGAACAAUCAGUAUUAGUAGUAACUUAUGCUGAACUAAAGCACUGUUUAGAGCAAGCAUUUUCCGAACUGGUAACAGCGGCCACCGUGUAGUAGUAGAUGCAGCAGUAGGAAGUAGUAGGUGAUAGCGGUAGUAGAUGGGGGAAGAAUUGCACACAUGCGCACAUGGGCUGUGUCUACUACUCACACUACUCACAAGGCAGAAUUUAAUUGAGGCUCGAGAGGUGUAAUAUUUUUUAAGGCGGUAGUAACACUAUAAUGUAGUGGCACAAUGCUUUCAACUGAGAGUAGCAGCUACACUACGUCAAUACAUUGAAGUGGUAGGUGAGCGAAAGGUUGAUGAAGACACAAACACACAUACAUAAGCACACAUACACACACAUGCAUGAAUAAACACAGCAGGUUAAAAGUGGAGAGAGAAAGUGAAAGAAUGCAGUUUCUAGAGAUACGUUCGUUCGUGAUCUUAUUUUUUAUACACAUACACACCCCUACAAAGAACCAUUACAAAAGGAAAUAAAAGUGAAAAGCAAAGAAGAUAGAAAGAUACAUCAUCGUGAAAAUAGAUAUUUACACAAAUACAAAGCAGAAGUAAUUGUUGAACGAGAUUAGUGAGAGAGGAGAAUAAAUCAACUAAGUAGCGUUAGUAGGCUUUAAAGCAACUAAAAGUGAACAAUUGUGCAGAUGCGUGAAGUUUAGAGUGAAGUCCUGUGUAUCUUGUCUAUUUUUUUAAAGUAUGAUUUGUUAGCUCAUGCAGGACAGUAGAAAGUAUUACGUGGUUGAACUUGCGUAAUAAACGUUGAAGAGGAAAUAAAAAAUAUAUCGGUUUUGGAACCAAUCAAUCGAUAAACGCUGUUGAAGAUUUUAUAAUUGAACAUAUACCGUUCGGUCAGAAUUUGCUUAGCAGUUCCGUUACUGUGGGCAGAAAUAUUUGAUAAUUUGUUCAAAUGAACAUUAACUGUUUCUCUGGAAUAUUAAAGUAUCAAAAACAAACGACUUCAGAUAACUAUGUCGAAUUACUCUCAACAACGUUUGUAUGGCAAAUAAAAAACACGUCUUGCUUGACACUGUUACACUUGAUUGCAAUAGACUAGAACUGAAUCUAAAACUUACAUGCACUCAAUCGCUGAAGGUGAGAUAAAGGGAAUAUUUUAUAUACAUUGUGUGAAUGAGAGAUGUGAAAAAAUAUUCUAUUGAUAAGAAAAAAAAUACUAUUAUUUCUCUGAGUAAUGAUAACUGAGAAAAUUGUUUGUGAUGUUAUUUUUUACUACGAUAUACAUUUAUUUUUAGAGACCUUUUUGUGCAUCUUUAUUUCCUGAUUACUAUUAAUAUUAUUAAAAUUAUCAUUUGCUAGCGUACAAGUUUUCGAGGUUCUCGAGAACGGAAUUAAUUGAAAGAGAAGAAGAAACGAUUGUGUGACGAAACUGCAACAAACAUUAAUUACUUACCUCGAGCGCUCCUAGGCUUAUACAAAAAAUAUAUGUUUUCUCGUAAAUUUAGAGGUGUUUUAGAGUUGCUGCUUUGAAUUGAGCGCAACGAAACAGGCAUAUGAACUAUAAUCGUUGAUCGUUUUCGAUCAAGCACCUCCCCCUACCCUGCCUAUCCUCAUAAUUUUGGAACAGGAAACAAACUAGAAGCAUAAAAAAAAUCUCCGGCCACGAAAUCACAAAUAGUCCGUACUAAUAUUUUUCUCUUGAUUAGUCAUUACUCCCUGCAUCUGUUUUCUUUUUUCGAUUGAAGAACUAUUCUUAAUCUCUGACGGUAUAGCACAGAAUAAAAGAGAAUCUUUUGACUUGUAACCGCCGCGGCAAGAAGAAAAUGAAAAACGUGAUUUUAAUAUGAAACUCAUUGAACCGCAGAAUAGUUUCUAAUUAAAGGCUAGAUAAAACAAAUCAUUGCGUCGAAGCGUACAACAAAAACAUAAGAUUUUGAGACGUGUGGGAAAGAGACAGAGAUCUCACCUAACAAAGGUAAACCAAUAGAUGUAUGAAACUGAAUCUGUACGUUACACAGGGAAGCAAACUGGUUUAACUUUCUACACGAGUCAGAGCGAAAGAGCGGGGAGCUAUUGACAAACAGAACUAAUUAAUAGCUUGAUUACAGCGACAGCAAACAAAUUCAUAUUCUUCCUGGAGCAAGUAAGAAGCUGCAAGAGAGCAAACGAAAGAUAGUAUGAGCGAAUAUGUGUGAAAGUCGUGAAAAUGGAGAAAUAGUGAAAGACUUUUUACUGUGACAAAUAAUAUUUAAAACAAAGGAGAAACUAAAGUGAACAAAAACUGAGAAACACACAUAGGGAAGAGAUAUAUUUGUAAUAAAACGAAAACAAAAAGCACAAAAAAAUAACGUAACCAUUCAAACCAAAAAGUGGUUACGUUCCGUUUGUUGAUUUGAGUUCUUUUUUUGAAAGUUGCAAUUGCUAUCUCAAGUUUUAAUAAUAAUUGUGAUCUUACUGAAUACCGAAUUUCAUCAACAUCUGCUUCAUGAUAUUUAUGUAGAGUUGUGUAAAUUAUAUUUUUUUUAUUUUUGCAAAUUAAAAGUAAAACUUGACAGUAAACUCUCUUAAGCACUCUUGAACGCUUCUUAUUAUUUUUUUCUCUAAAGGCAAAACAUGGUUUUAAACGCAACCGCCUCUUCCGAGUGUAAAGCACACGCGUCCACUGAUCUCACCAAUUAUAUACAGAACUUCUUUUUUACGGCGACAUAUUGAAUUAUUAUUGAAAAUUACGGCUAAAUCUUGACCAAAAAUCGACGGCUUGCGUGGAGCGUUCUUUCAUUGGCAGCAUUCAAACGAACGAAGAAAAAGAAAAAGAAAACACAAAUCAACAAAACAACACGAGUGGAUUAUGGAUGGUUUAUUAUUGUAUGAAAAAGAAAUAAAUGAAAAACCCCAGAAAAAAAUGUUAAAACUGAAAAAGGGACGCGACAGUGUUCCGCUGAAAAACACGAAUAAAAUGAAGAAAAUUUAUGUUUCAUA